AAUACACCGUUUGACUAUUGUUGAUAACAACGCUCUCUUCGAUAUCUGCUGCCGGAACCAGAAAUAUCCAACGACCGUCUUCGGGCACCUCAAACCCAUUUGGGAAAUAAUCAAAAGACGCAGAGCUUAUGGGCCACUGUGUCCCUGGGGACAAUUUUCAUGGGAUUGCACUAGAAAUUAUUUCUUUGUCCUUUAUCUAAAGCCAGAAUUACUACCUCAAACGUUAUACAAUGUCCAUUCCUACUACGCACGAUGUUGAAGGGCAAAUGGUAGUGCAACACAACCGAGCAAGAAGACCACGGUGCUUUUCAGAUUGCAGGCAAUCACAUGCUUCGGCUCUGUCUGAAGUCGCCCUUCUAUUGCGCUCUGAAAACUGUGCGAGCCUUUCAGAUCGAGCAGGACAGUGCUGCUUCCUUUGUCUCCAGGGGAGGAAAAUUGGCCAGUAUACCGUUCAGGUUCCCUGUACGCGACCGAGGCGCCGUACCAGGGGCCAUAAGCUAUCAACUGAAGUGUCUAAGGAUGGAAGUCAGCACCUUGUGAAGGUUCUAGGGGGAGAAAUCUACAAAGAGCUCAGCCCCAGGGAGAAAGCCUGUGAAAGCGAUGCCGCGAUUUACCAGAGACUAGAAGAGGCGUGUUUCCAAGAUCAGGGCAAGUGGAAAAGGUGGCUUCCUUUCUAUGGAAUCACCAACGUGAGAGAGGUCAACUUCCAGUUUGUCGGAGUAGUGGAGCGAGAUGGCAGAUUCCCUAUCCACAUGACGUCUGUUGACAUUGACAAAGUUCGGGAAGAACAAGAUCGCAUAAUUGCACUGGGACCCGGCCGCAUCGAUUACGAGUUGGAUGAGGUGUGCCUAGGUGAAUAUUGGCAUAGCACCAGAUGUCAAAAUAUGAUGGACUUUCUGUCAGAGCCAUGUAUGCAGGUGCAAAUCGAAGCGGCGCGGCAGCGCAAGAAAAAGCUCACCAUGAUCCAUCUACUAAGAGACUGCGCACGAGACCCAUAUAAUGCUAACGGAUUGAAUACUUUGGAAGGCAUGGCGCAAGAGAGCUGCAUUCUCGAUAUAGAGGGACCUAAUCGAACUGCCGUACCAGAGUGUCACCACCAGUACAAUGGGACUGACGAAGUACGUGGGUUAGAGUUCGUUUUGGGAUGGCAGCUUGAUCGUAUGGCUUGCAUUCUGCCAUUCAACAUCGCCUGGACCUGGCUUGGCCUGGCUGUAAUCUGGCUUUGUGUAGCUGCCUGGGCAGGCCCAACAAGAGACUGGGCCACUGCAAUGGCUUUCGGACAGCUCCUUGCGGCUUCUGUAUCCCUUCUAUUUCUUUAUACGAUGGACUAGAACAUUAGAAGUCCCUAUACUGCGGAGGGAGUGCGUGGUAUGCUAUAUACAGAUGGAUUUCCGAGCCCAGCUCUGGAUUAAAUAAGACACGAACUCCUGUGCUAAGAUCGCCCAAAAAAAU